AUGAAGUUGGCGGUGGAGGUCGUUCGAGCCCACCGCCUGAAGCCCAUAGGCAGGCAUGGCACGACGAACCCCUUCGUCGAAGUGGAGUUCGAUGGACAGAGACGCCGCACCGCGACCAAACUCAACGACCUCAACCCCUCGUGGAACGAGACCCUCGUCUUCGACGUCUCCGACCCUCUUGAUCUCCCCGACCGCACCAUCGACGUCUCCGUCUUCCACGAGCUCUUAUCCUCUUCCGUGGACCACCGCCGUCGCCGUCGCAGCUUCCUCGGCCGCGUUUGCCUCCUUGGAUCCUCCGUGGCGUCCUCGCGCCUCGACGCCGCCCUCCAGCUCUGCCCCCUCGACAAACGCAGCCUCUUCUUCAACGUCCGUGCCGUCUUCAACAACGGCCACGUCGACGGCAACAACGACGCCGCCAAAGACGAUCCCCUCGGAAAGAUCCGAAUCCGGCUCUCGACGCUGGAGAUUGACCGUGUCUACACUCACUUCUAUCCUUUGCUAGCGGUGCAUCCUUCCGGGUUGAAGAAGACCGGCGAGCUGCAUCUGGGCCUCCGAUUCACAUGCACGUCGUGGCUGAACAUGUUCUUCUUGUACGUCAAGCCUCUGUAUCCCAAGAUGCACUACAUGCAGCCCAUCCCGUUCAAGCAGAUGCAGUACCUCCGCUACCAGGCGAAGCAGACAGUGGCAGCGAAGCUGGCCCGGGCUGAGCCGCCGCUGGGGAGAGAUGUGGUCGCAUAUAUCCUCGACGAUGCUUCCAACACGUUCAGCCUGAGGAAGGGCAAGACCAAUUGGCAUCGGAUCAGGAUGCUGUUCUCCGACGUCCAGGCCUACCUGCAAUGGUUCGACGCUGUCCGGAGUUGGACCAGGCCGGCGGUGACCACUCUCGUCCUCCUGCUCUUCUGCGUCGUUGCCUGGACGCCGUCCCUGAUCCUUCCCUCCGUAUUCCUCCACCUGUUCAUCGUGGGCGCCUGGAAUUCCCGGCGUCGCCCGCGCCACCCGCCGCACUUGGACACGAAUCUGUCGUUCGCCGAGUCGGCCGUCCCAGACGAGCUCGACGAGGAGCUAGAUAGUUACCCGUCGACGAGGACGAACGAGAUGGUCAUGAGCAGGUACGACCGGCUGAGGGUGGUCGCCAGUAGGGUGCAGUCGGUGGUGGCAGAUCUGGCCAACCACGCGGAGAGGAUACAGGCCUUGCUGAGCUGGAGGGAUCCCCGGGCGACGGCCAUCUUCGUAGUAUUUGCCAUCAGAAUGGCUGCAGUCUUCUAUUUCCUGCCGUUCCAGUUGGUGGUGAUGCUCCUGGGGCUGUACUUCAUGCGCCACCCCAAGUUCCGGAGCAAGAGGCCCUCGACGGCCUAUAACUUCUUCCGGAGGCUGCCGAGCAACGCCGAUACAUUUCUGUAAACAAAUCGCAUGUGGAAACACACGCAAUGGUGUGCGCUCGUCAUAGCAAUCAGUGUUGUUUUGUACUGGGGAAGACGAAGAAAGUGUCCGAAGGCUGUACGUGUUCUGGUAAUGUCAUCCUCUCUUUUCAUGUGAAAUAACACCAAUUCAUCAUCAUGUGGUCGAUGACCGCUCAAA